AUGCAAAUUGUGAAAAAUUAUUUUGUUACCCAACGCGCAGCAUUUUCUGGUUUGGGUGUUGAUGCUCAGUCAAUGACACCCGCCGGUUCGGAUCGCAUCUUUAAGAAUCCUUUGCAAUAUUUACUGUUAUUUUUUCUAACCGUUUCGCAGUAUCUCUCACUUGGCCAUUAUUCGUAUGUCAAUACGAAUGAUAUCAUUUCGGCGGCCUAUUCGAUUGGUCUGUCGUGUCAGGGUGUUAUUUGCAUCACGAAAAUGAUUAUUUUCUUUUUUAAACGUCGCGGAAUUGUGGAGUUGGUUAAGACGCUGCAAACGGAGGCAUUUAAUGCCAAGGACGAGGAAUUGGAAAUAAUUAGAGAAGAAAAUACAAAAUGUGUGCGCUACUCCUGGCUGUAUUCUUUGGUGAUUUAUGGAACCGGUACUAUGGGCCUCAUGGUACCGAUUAUUCUAUCCCUAAUAGGAUAUUUUAAGAGUGGAUCACUGAGAAUGGUGCCACCGCUGUCAUCACCUUCUCUUUGGAAUUAUUACACCAUUCACGGUUACCUAAUGCUCUAUGUCUGGUACAUACUUCGCAUGUUCACCUUGAUCUGUACGACAGUGAGCAUUGACACACUGUACUAUUGGCUGAUUUCGAAUAUUGUGGCGCAAUUUCAUAUUUUGGUCCAUCGUCUGCAAAAGGCUGCAUGGGCCACGGCCGCCCUUAAUGGCUCUGAAAUUGGCGUGAGCGAAGAACAGGAAGACCGAAUCAUCGAUUGUAUUCGUGUUCAUAAUCGUACAUUGGAUUUGGUUGGUGAAUUGAAUCGCGUCUACGGCGCCAUUACUUUUGUAAAAUUCGUCGUAUCCAGCAUUCAGAUAUGCUGUUCCAUGUUUUUUGUGAUAAGCUCCGGUUCGCAGCAGUCGGCAAUUAGUUUAAUCUAUCAGGGUGUAUUUAUUGGUGCCGUGACAUUGCAAUUGGCCACCUAUUGUUAUAAUGGCCAGCGCAUAGUGGAUGAGAGCACCUUGGUGGCAACUAAGGUCUAUCUGAUUUUCCCCUGGGCACAAAUGCCAGUCUCAACACAACGCAAGCUGUUGAUGCCAAUGGUUCGGGCCCAGGUGCCCAGUGAAAUGCGUGGAGUAUUUUUUAAAGUGGAUUUAACAUUAUUUUUGUGGGUCUUUAGAUCGGCCAGUUCAUUGAUGGCGGUUCUACAAACUUUAGAUGAACCAUAA